CUAGCUUCAUCAUCUGUCUUCAUCCAUCGAUGAACACUUGAAAACUCUUCUUUUGAGAUCGUGAGGAAGCCUCAUGCUGCAGACCAUACCUUUCCAAGAAAGUCUUAGUACUGCAUCACACGUCAAAAUAUAAAUCUUGCAUAGCUAUUCUGUCGACUCAGUUCCCUUUCUUCUUUCUUCUCAUAUUUAUCCUCGAUUUCUGCUCUCCAUUCUUAUGUCUCGUCAAAUUGGCACUGGUGCUCGUUGGAGUAAUACUGAGCGCGAUUUGCGCCCUGGUAGUAUUUUCAAUGAGCUCAUUGUACUUCCUACUCUUGCUCCUGGUCUUGCACGCCAAGAGUACCUCGACCCUACUGCAGCAUUCAUCCCGUUCCCUCAGCCCCGCCCCCAGCAAGAGCAAGAUGGUGCUAUAGGCGUAUUCUCAUCUUCACAGACUAGCACUGCGAAUGCACCUGCUAUCCAAUCUGUAUGCAACGUUGACGAGAAUGAUGACCAUAUAUCUGAUAGUGAUGAGAUCGAGGAACCACCUGCGCGCGUCUUUGAUAUCUCUAUCGCCACUGAAAAAAUAGUCAUCACUGCGCUGCCUAGCAAUCGUCGUUCAAAUGCAAGGGCUGGAUCUUCUACAGAGCGUUCAACUGUUCCCGGACCUUCUGUCCCAUUGUUGGAUCUUUCACGCUGCGAUGUGAUCAAUGAUGUUAUUUUAAGUACUGUCAAUGGCAACCAGACUUAUGCCGCAAGCCCACUCUCUGGACCACGUUUCUCGGUGCAGUGGAAAGGCUUGACUGGUGGAAAAUCAGGUGCUCUUGUUGUCCAAACUGACCAAGAAUGGAGCCGUGUGCAGAACAUGCUCCGCGGCAGUCCUCGAGUUACAGCAGUUACCCUUCACUUCAACAUUACCGAGUCAUUGCUCACCCCGUAUCUUCACUCUUCUGCACCAUUAGGUCAAGCACCAUUCACUAAUACAGCACCAGUUUUUGCUACUCAGGUGCCCGCAGUAGACCAAUUUACAGCUCGAGAGCAAAAACGAGGUACCAUUAUACUUGCUAUUGAAGAAGCCCAUCCCUGCACCCUUCAUGGUUGUUGCUAUAUCGCUCCCAAUUCUCAGCAUGUUACUCUCAGCCGUCCGCGUAAGAAUGAUCUUGUAGAUUGGAUUUUGGCAAGCGAGGAUACUCGCAAAGCAUCUGAUCCGAUCCCUAAUCAUCUCUUGCAAGGAUGGGGUAUUCUGACAACUGAACCAUCCUCAUUGUCAUCUUCAUCACGUCCGAGCCGUGGCGUCAAAGGCCCUCGAUCCGAUGCAAGUGAUUUGAAGGCAGCAAUUAUGGAAGGCUUUGGCUUUGCCACUGGGGCUAUGAUGCAAAUGUCAGCCCUCCAAGCCCAAGCCCCUGCUUCAUUUCGUGUAUCUGCUUCUACACAUCACUCUGUAUCAUCUCGUAGUCUUUCCCCUGUUGAUCACGUUAGAUCAUCCUCUCCUCCAGCACCCGAGGAUGAGCUUGAUGUCUGCAUCGACCGCUUUUCCAAUGGUUUAACUCACAAGCUUCCAUCCGACAUUGUUCACACUGUAAAAGUGGCCCUGAAAGAAGAACAGUUUGAUGUACAACUGUUGGCUGCAGGAGCAACAUCUGAUCUCUCUCGAUUAACUGGACUCAAACAAGGACCUGCUAGUGGAUUGAAGAGAUUUGCUGAGGAUUAUCAUACCGUCCUUGAGGGCAAACGUGCUCGACACAAGAAACUGUAGAGCUCAUUGCCUAUCCUUUCUUAACCUCACUCCUUUACAUUACACAUCUCUGUUUAGUUAACUUCCUGUAUAUUUCUUGUUAGGCUCUUACUUUUAGGUAGCUUA